AUGAACGGUGCUUCCUUUAUGGGUUCCUUCCUGUCCAGCAGUUUGGGGUCGCCGCCUUCCCACCCGGCUCACCCCUCAGGACCAGUUUCCUCCCCAUCCUCUCCCUCGUACCGGACCGGACCCCAUUCGAACGCCUCCCCUAUCUGGUUCCCUCACUCACAUGAAGGGUACCCCAGCUAUUCAGGAAGCCUCGCCUCCCCUUUUCUUCCCAUGAGUCCCUUGGAUCACCAUAACAACAGUCUGUACGGACAGCACCGCUUCUAUGAAACUCAAAAAGAUCACUUCUACCUGAGAGGCCUUCCGACUCAGCCCCCUCUGCUCUCCACCAACCUCCCCCCGCUUGCCAGAACCGCUUCCGGCCUCCCGCUCGGCUCCUGCAGCCGAGAGACGGACGGCGGCGGCGGCAAGAGCGCCAGGGACGCGGGCGAGAAAGCGAUGACGUCCUUAUCGAAGGAGAAAGAAAGAUCCAGCAGCAAAGAGCGCCAGCAGCAGGAAAAUAAAGACAAACAUCAGCUUCAUCAUCACCCGGCGACUGCCGCCGCUCCAUCAAGCUUCCAUCAUAAAGCCUACCCGCAGCCCUCCCAUGCUGCUCCCUUGCUUCACCUCGCUCCACAGAGCAGGGAGGAGGAUUCCAGACACCUUCCGGAGCGUCACAAGGAGCACAGAGACGGCGACAGCCAGGGAGGGAAACAUACGAGUGCCUGUAAACUUUCCGGUGUUUCUGGUACGGAGGCCGUCUCCAGUGAAAGGGGGAGCACGUUAAGCAGCUGUAGUGGGGGCGGAGCGGGUCGAACCCCUUCUGGAGGCAGUCGGCGUUGCCAUAAAGAACCCAUCAACGGGGAUAUGAGGAUCAGUGACUCGUCAAUCGCUUCCUCGGAAUGUAUAAGAAGAGGUGCGGCCGCGGCCAUCUUGGCCCCUCCGCGCUCCGUGGCCUCCUACUCCAUGCCUCCGCCUCCUCCGCCACCCCCAACUCAUACCUUGCACAUGGGCUCAGCAGUGGUCGGAAGCUGGCUUCACCCGCAUCACCAUCCCCACCCGGAGUUUUACUGCCCCCCGGCGCCGAUGACCAUCGUACCCUCCAAAGAUCCACUUUCCGCGGGGUCCAGCCGGGAGGCAAAAGUCAUCGGCGCGACGUUUGUCCCUUCCGUGGGGCCGCUGGGAAAUCUGGCAACCCCCGAGUGUCACGGGGCCGGAAGCGGCGGUAAAAAGGGAGAGGACAAGAACGGCGACGGCUCUCACGAAAGUCCCGCCCAUCACCUCGGUCGCCUUAGCGGUUGCCAGAAGAAAGACAAAUCCCAAACACAUUUGCAGCAGCAGCUGGGAUACGGCAAGGCCGACAAACCGCCCGACUGGAGCCCACAAACGCAGCACUUCCAAAAACACAACGCCACUGCGAGCUCUCUGCCCGAGCUGCGAUCCUGCAGCCUGGAAACGGCCUCGUCCCUCAGAGACGUGGAGAUCGUGGACGACGUUUACCGGCCAUCGCAUCCGCCGGACGCCCAGGGGACGUACCUUGGGGCCGGACGCUGGUCUGCAUCCAAAAGUGGCUCUCCGCCUUUCAGGGACUGCUCUCAAUCUGGAUCCCAAUCUGAUGGAAAAGUGGGCUCGGCGGUUCAGAGGGAGGGACAAAAGGUCGCUCGGAUACGACACCAGCAGCACAGCAGCCACGGUACCGACGAAAAGGGACGAGAUGGCCUGCCGGCAACACCUUGGGGAGCUCGAAAAGGACCGCAGGACGACCCGAGGAAAGACUCCCGUCACGCGUCUGCGAGCAACAGUGAAAUACGAGGACUCUGUGCCGCAGCCUCCACCAAAGACAACAACAACCAGUCCACUUCUCUAGCGCAGAACACAGGAGGAGAGGGCAGCGCCAUGAAGAAUUUAAUGAACUACAGCUCCCAGCAGCCUUUGCUGCUGCCCCAGCGGAGCCCCUUUGGAGGCUUGGGCUGCCUCAAGCAGGGUGGGGAGAGAUUAGAGAAGGGGGAAAGGGGCGGAGGCAAAAACAGCUCCUUACAAGACCCACCCAAACAGUCGCUCCCUCCCCGCCGAGGUUCCUCGAACGAGGGAGAGAAGGGCGACAAAGGCGGGAGGGAGGCCGGGGAGGCGGGAGAGGGGGGGGUAAGGCAGCCUCCGGUGGGCAUCGCCGUCGCGGUGGCCAGGCCCCCCCAUCGUUCUCCAGACAACACCCCUGGACUCGGCAGACAGGGCAGAGUGCUGCCCAGCAUGAAAGGGGUGUCCCGACCAAUGUAUCCGCUUGGCCGGGAGGCGGAGGAGAGGAAGAGGAUGACGGAGGAUCAGCUCAGCCUUCAUCACCUGGACAGGGACAGAGAAUUGCUGAUUAGGGACAGCAAGGAGCGCAUGGAGUUUGCCCGGAUCCACCCUUCAAGUAGUUGCCACGGUGACCUGACCUCUCACCUCUUGGUGCCUGGAGGCGCCAGCCAGUUGGGGGCAGACCCCACCGCUCACGCUCACCACCACUGGAUGCAGAGAACAGGAAGUCCUUCGCUCUGGAUGGGACAUUCAUAUAGUUUGAACCACGUGGGGAUGAGUGCCAGUUUCCCCCCAGGUUUACCCAGCCCUCUGCAGCCCGUGCUUGGCUCACUCACCCAAGACCCCAGCUCCCCACUGAUGGUCCUUCCGACAGAGCCUGGGCCUCAUCAUCACCUUGACGUUUUGGAGCAAUCGGGUCUGUGGCCUCCCGUCUACGGCGCCCGCGGGCCCCCUCCCCACCUGCAGCAUCACCCCGUCUACUCCCGCUCCUCAUUCCUACGGCAACAGGAGCUCUACGCCCUGCAACAGCAACGGGCCAUGGAGCAUCUGCAACGCCAUUCCUUGGGACAGCGGAAACACGACGAGCACGCCUCUCCGUUCGAAGACUCUCCUCCGAUAUCGAGAGCCUCGUCGUCGUCCUCUUCCACGUCCUCUCAUGUGGCCAAACCCUUCUCGCACACGCCUCCGCCGCCAAAGACGUCCGCCCCGUCGCCGGGGCUGUGUCCCAGUAGUCGUCAGUCACCGUGCUACCAUUCCCCCUCCAGGCGAACGCACCCGCCCAAUCCCCUGACCCCCGCCCCCAGCCCGGCUGCGGCGGCCCCUCGCUCGCCAGCGCUCAGCCCUGCGCCAUCGCUCUUACCCAAAGGCCUGGAGAGGACCAGCGACAGAGGAGAGGGGCAGCCACCUCAGGACUACCCGCAAUCCCUGGAGCCCGACUUGCCACCCGUUUACGCUUUGCCUCCGCUGUCCAUGGGUUUCAAGGCCGGGCCCUCGCCGCCCGAAGCCCGCUUGGCUGAGCAAGACUCGCAGGAAGCGCAGCCGGCGGAGCCUGACUCAAAGUCUUUCCAGCUUCUUCCCCGCAUCUCGCCACUCACUAAAGAUGAGACCAGGAGGGAAGAGGAAGAGGCGGAGGACGCAGAGGAGCGAGACUGUGAAGUGGUGGAAUCCCACAGUGGACCCGCGCAAGGAAAGGGGGAGGAAAGUCAAGGGGGGGAUGGAUGCUCUGUUCCGGAGCAUGAAAAGACCACUUCUGGCCUGCUGCCUUGCCCUUCCCCAUCUUCUGUCCCGGAUCCAACCGGCCCUGCCACGGCUGCUAGCGGAGCCCUGAAGCAAGCGGAGAUCUCCAAAAACGAUGAGGUUGAGAAGGAAGAGCUCGGAGGAGAAAAAAUGGAGUGUGAACCAACAGACUGUGGUGUCCUGGAAGAUCCUGCAGAGGAUAGAAAAGAGGAGGAGGAAGAGUCUAAUCAACAUGAAGAAUUGGUCGCCGACGGUGAAGAAGAGACGCAGAUUGAAAGGAGUCCAGAAGAGCUGGAAAAAUCCCGCUCUCCUACUCCGUCCGCGGACGGGCCCGCGCCUCCUUCCGUGAGCACGGCGGCCCAGCAGCAAGGCGCCUACACGUGGAGCCUGGAGCUUCUCAUUGCCGCCGCCUUGUGCGCCACCCGAGAUGCCUUGCGCACACCCGCCCCCGCAGCCAGGGCUCCGAGUCCCCUGGUCCACCACGGUAUGGAGAUCCUGGGAGAACUGGCUGAGCUGGAGAUUCAGCAGAGGAGUCUGGAGAGCAAAGAGAACCAAGAUGAAGGUGAGCGGGUGCUGACCUUCGACCUGCACAGUCUGGCAACUCUGGCGGCCGCCCGGGCCUUGGAGAUGGGGGGAGGGGCUCCUCACGGCGGAGUCCAGCGACGAUGUCAAAUUCGGGAACGGCUGAAUUUGCGCAGGAAGUGCAGCUGGGCGCCUCGCCAUGAGCCGGUGUGUCCAGUAAAGGGCUCCAUGGAGACGAUGGGAGGGGAGGAGCUGGCCAUGCGUGUCCAGCUGGCUGAGCUACAGCGCCGCUACAAAGAGAAACAGAGAGAAUUGGCCAAGCUUCAGAGGAAACACGACCACCAGAAAGAGGAGACGUCUCGCAGCCCUGCCCGCAGGGGGCCGGGACGGCCCCGCAAGCGCAAGUCCACCCCCGGCGCGCCGGCUCCAGACGCCUCCAAAAGACUCAGGGCUGCUGUUAAUUUACAGGAUGAAGAAAGAGUGCGGAAGAAGCAUGACUUCAGCAGCCUGAGCGCCGCGCAGUUGAAAGCGGGCUGCAAGCACAGAGGUCGGCCCAGCGCCCUGAGUUCCGGGCUGGCCAGACGGGUGGGCCAGAUGAAGCAGAAGGCCGACGCCCAGCGCGCCGCACCCUCGGCGGGCGCGCCGCACUGCCGGGCGGAAGAGGGGCCAAAGAGUCAUUGUGGACACGGAGGAACAGACUCUCAGCAGGAACGGGACGCCGCUCACAGCGUGAAGAGAAAAAGGGGGCGGAAACCCAAGGCAUUGAUGAGCCCCGACCCAAACCAAAUGCCGAGCUCGAACCGUGCCUCGGACAAGCAGGAAGUCAGGGAAAGGAGUGACAGCGAGAGCUCGGGACAUGAGGAUGAGGAGGACUGCAGCUGCAACAGUGAUGAGGCAGCCAAUGACAUCAGGAUUAGCUCAUCUUCCAAAGAAGCGCCGCCAAACUCCGCCGGCUCCUUUUCGGCCCCGUCAUCGAGGCUCCACUCAAACCAGAAACGCGAUACGAAGAAAGCGGGACCUCCAGGGACUCUGGCCAUCCCGGAGCAAAUCAAGGCCCACAGGAAGCAGUGCCCGGACAACUGCAAAAGCGAACAGCACGCUUCGAAAAGAGCUUCUCUUCCCGACUGGGCGGCAUCUUCAAUGGGCUGCGGUUUUGCGGAUGGGCGGGUGGGCCAUGGAGCUCUGCUGGAAGAGAACAGGAAGAUCAAGGAAGCGACGAGGAGAGACUCGGCUGUGCACAGUCACCUGGCGAAGGUCCCGGGUCACGGGGUCAGCCGACUCCUGCAGAGCUUCACGGCCGACGAUGGCUUUCACCUGGAUGAGGAGAGCAGCUUCUCUGAGGAGGAAGAGGAGGAGGAGGAGGAAGAUGCGGACGAGGGGAGCCCACAGACGACGGUGCACCUUCCUCCCAAAAUGCCUUGCAAAAUACCCGCUCUGCCCAACUGUGUGCUCAGUAAAGAGAUGCUCGUUGACGGCCUGAAGAUUUUGAUAUCCAAGGAGGACGAGUUGCUCUACGCCGCCCUUGUCCAAACUCUGGACCUGCCUGAUAUAUUUAGUGUUGUCAUAGAAGGGGAGCGCGGGAAUCGCCCCCGGAUCUAUUCACUGGAGCAAAUCCUACAAGAAGCUGUUCUGGAUGUGCGGCCCCAGACUGAGGCCAUCCUAAUGGCCGGGACGCGAGUGUGUGCCUACUGGAGCGAGCGCUCACGUUGUCUUUAUCCCGGUUAUGUCCACCGAGGGGGCGCAGGUGAAGAGAAGGAGGGAAGCGUGAUGGUGGAGUUUGACGACGGCGACAGAGGACGGAUUACGCUGGCUAACAUCAGACUUCUGCCGCCUGGAUACCAAAUCUGCUGUAAGUGGAAAAAUGUACAGGGGGGGGGGGAAUCAACAAGCCUUUAG